GCGCAUGCGCAAUCACAUCGAAAGCAGAAAGUCCAAGAUGGCGGACUGAGCGACGUGGCUCUCCGGAGAAGUUUCACAUUUACGAUCUUAUAGAUUCAAAAAUAGCAUCAAAUACCUCAACUAUUCGCCUUUUCUUAAGCCCAGGAAACGGACUUUGAGGUGGAGCGACGGCGUGUCAGCUGAAGUGAAGAUUGAAGACGUGAUAGAAGAUGGACGACUACUGCUAUGCUAAGAUGGUGACGUCAUGUCAAAGAGAAAGUGAAAGAGAAUCAGCGCCACCAACGGAGAACAAUCUGAAAAGCCAAGAUGAAGACGUCCAGCAGCUGAUUGGUCGUCCAGAAGAACUUCCCCCUCAGUUAGUAGAGAGUUUCACUUUGAAGCAGGAGACUCCACAACCACCCUGCAUUAAAAAGGAAGAAGAAGAACUCUGCAUCACUAAGGAGGGAGAGUGUCUUCUAGGACCACGGGAAGCUGGUCUCACCAGGUUCCCACUGACUGUUGUCUUUGUGAAGACUGAAGAUGAUGAAGAGAAACCUCAAGUAGACAACCUCUUAGCUCCACUUUCAGAUAGUGAGGCUGAAGACGAGGCUGAAGAACCUUUGAGCAUCAAAACCAACUCUGAAGACGUCCAGCAGCUGAUGGGUCAUCCAGAAGAAGUUUCCCCUCAGUCAGGUGGGAGCUCCACUUUGAAGCAGGAGACUCCACAACCACCCUGCAUUAAAAAGGAAGAGGAGGAACUCUGCAUCACUCAGGAGGGAGAGUGUCUUCUAGGACGAGAGGAAGCUGAUUACACCAAGUUUCCACUGACUGUUGUCUCUGUGAAGACUGAAGAUGAUGAAGAGAAACCACAAGUAGACAACCUCUUAGCUCCACUAUCAGAUAGUGAGGCUGAAGACGAGGUUGAAGAACCUUUGAGCAGCGAUACAGACUGUGAAGGUGAAGAGAAACCACAAGAAGACAACCUCUUAGCUCCACUAUCAGAAAGCGAUUCUGAAGACGGGUUUGAGGAACCGUUGAGCGGCGAUCCAGACUGGGAAGGUGACAUAAGGACUCACACUAACAACAAACGGCCUGAAUGCGCUGACAAAAAGAGAGCACUUCACCAUGGGGAAGGACUUAUUCAUUUGCCUUCACCAGCACCUGCGUUAAACAUGCAGAGAGUUACACAAGGAACGGCAGUCCCUCCUCGACUCCCUCCACCCCCCGCACCAGCCCUCAACAUGUGGCAGACAGAGGAGCCUGGAUCCCGCCUGGCCUACAGGCCGACAUGGCGAGGGGGAAGGAUGGCCGACAACAUUUCCUGCUCAGCGGCUGAGGUCCAGAUCCUUAGCCUGCUGGAAACGAUUAAACACACCCAAGACCAGCUGAUGGCGAAGGUCAACUUCUUGACCAGCAGGUUGACCAGUACCCCGGGGCCAGAAUUUGAAAUGCCGGCCAACAUCCAGUUUCCAAUGGACGAGUUGGAGGCAGUGGAGGCCUUUGAGGAAUUUUUGAAGGAACCAUCGAAUGACCCAGCUCGACAAAGAGUGGUGAGGUUUCUUACUUAAUAUGAAUUGAUUGUCCAUGAUUAUGCAAAUAUUCUAUUGAAUCAGUGGUAAGAUUAUGUAAGUGAGCCACAAUCUACCUGGUUUGACAUCCUGUGUAAAGGUAGCAUAGGUCCAUGAGCCAAGAGAACAGGUUCUGUUUUUCUACAUUUCUGAACGCUUUCAACAGGAACAAAAACAUUUUAAAUGCAACUUAAGCUUAAAGGGGAACAUUAUCAGCAGACCUAUGUAAGCAUCAAUAUAUACCUUGAUGGUGCAGAAAAAAGACCAAGUAUUUUUUUAACCGAUUUCCAAACUCUAAAUGGGUGAAUUUUGGCGAAUUAAACGCCUUUCUGUUUAUCGCUCUGGAGGGGAUGGCGUCAGAAUGUGACGUCGCCGAGGUAACACACCCACCAUUUUCAUUUUCAACACAUUACAAACACCGGGUCUCAGCUCUGUUAUUUUCCGUUUUUUCGACUAUUUUUUGGAACCUUGGAGACAUCAUGCCUCGUCGGUGUGUUGUCGGAGGGUGUAACAACACUAACAGGGAGGGAUUCAAGUUGCACCACUGGCCCCAAGAUGCCAAAGUGUCUGCCGCCAGUCCCCCAUUGAAUGUACCAAAGUGUUUCCACAUUUGACCGGCGAUGCUAAGACAGACAUGGCACAGAGAUGUAUGGAUAACCCAUCCAUCCAUCCAUCAUCUUCCGCUUAUCCGAGGUCGGGUCGCGGGGGCAGCAGCCUAAGCAGGGAAGCCCAGACUUCCCUAUCUCCAGCCACUUCGUCUAGCUCUUCCCGGGGGAUCCCGAGGCGUUCCCAGGCCAGCCGGGAGACAUAGUCUUCCCAACGUGUCCUGGGUCUUCCCCGUGGCCUCCUACCAGCUGGACGUGCCCUAAACACAUCCCUAGGGAGGCGUUCGGGUGGCAUCCUGACCAGAUGCCCGAACCACUUCAUCUGGCUCCUCUCGAUGUGGAGGAGCAGCGGCUUUACGUUGAGUUCCUCCCGAAUGGCAGAGCUUCUCACCCUAUCUCUAAGGGAGAGACCCACCACACUGCGGAGGAAACUCAUUACCUUAUAAAAUUCAAAGUUCAGACGCAUGUUCGUCAAACUAAUAAUAAUAAUAACUGCUAUAGCAGCCGCAACAUUAAUACGGCCACAACGACGACUCUUGCUGACCUACUGCCCUCGGUAAUGGCACCGUUCCCAAAGUAUGUGGGCUCUAUUGAUAACCUCACUAACAACUUUAACAACGCCCUGCGCGAAACCAUUGAUAACAUAGCACCGCUAAAGUUAAAAAAGGCUCCAAAAAGGCGUACGCCAUGGUUUACUGAAGAAACUAGAGCUCAGAAAUUAUUAUGUAGAAAGCU